AUUACACUUCAAACUAAUUUUAAAAUAAUUUAACAAUACGUAAACCAACAAAAAGUUCCUCAACUUUAUCGCUUAAACAAAAAGCUGAUAAAUUUCCAUGAACAAAGCUACUGGCAAGCCAACAUGGCCUUGACUCCAUCUCCUAAUCUCCUUCAAUUCUCCGUUCAAUCUCCGUCUACAUCAGUUCACUACCUUCUCUUUGGUUCGCCAUGGCCUUGUUCGCAGCAGCUUUCUCAGAAAAUAAGAAAUGCAAGUGUUCCGUUGGUUCCAAUCGCUGUGAAGGUUUCGUCGAGGGUCAGAUGUUUGACGAAAUCGACGGAGGAGAAUUGGUGGAGUGAGCCGGAGACUGUUGCUGCUGAUGACGUGGAUGGAGUGAGAGAAGACACUAAGGUAAAGCCGCCGCCGCAGAAGAUUAUUGCCUCGGCUAGUGAUACUUUGUCACUUGGAAUUCGAGAGCCGGUUUAUGAGGUGGUAGAAGUGAAGACAAAUGGGGUUGUGUCGACUAGGAAGAUAAAUAGACGGCACUUAUUGAAGUCCAGCGGUCUUCGUCCAAGGGAUAUCCGGAGUGUUGAUCCAUCGCUUUUUUUGACAAACUCUAUGCCCUCUUUGGUGGUACGUGAGCAUGCCAUUCUGCUAAAUUUGGGUUCAUUACGAGCAAUAGCAAUGCAAGAGCGUGUCCUCAUAUUUGACUAUAAUCGUAAAGGAGGGAAAGCUUUCAUAGACACAUUGUUACCUCGAUUGAAUCCCAAAAACAUGAAUGGAGGUCCAUGUAUGCCGUUUAUGAUUGAAGCUGUUGAAGCAGCACUGCUUUCACGUGUACAGCGUUUGGAGCAGAGACUGAUGUAUAUAGAACCUCGUGUUCAAGCUCUACUUGAGGUCUUGCCCAACAGAUUAACUGCUGACAUAUUGGAGCAACUGCGUAUCAGCAAGCAAACCUUGGUUGAAUUGAGUUCAAGGGCAGGGGCUUUUAGACAAAUGCUCCUUGAUCUGUUGGAGGACCCUCAUGAAAUACGCCGUAUAUGUAUAAUGGGAAGAAACUGCAGACUUUCAAAGGGAAAUGAGGAUUUGGAAUGCUCUGUUCCCCUUGAAAAGCAGAUUGCUGAGGAAGAGGAGGAAGAAAUUGAGAUGCUUUUGGAAAAUUACCUUCAGAGAUGUGAAUCUUGUCACGGGCAGUCGGAAAGGCUUCUUGAUUCUGCAAAAGAAAUGGAAGAUUCUAUUGCUGUCAAUCUAAGCUCUCGGAGGCUUGAGGUUAGCAGAGUGGAAUUACUUCUCCAGGUUGGGACCUUUUGUGUGGCAGUUGGUGCUCUAGUUGCAGGUAUAUUUGGCAUGAACUUGAGGUCGUACCUUGAAGAACAUGUGUUUGCAUUUUGGCUAACGACAGCUGGGAUAAUUGUUGGUGCUGUUGUGGCAUUUUUUCUUAUGUAUUCGUAUCUUAGGACUAGGAAGAUACUGUAAAUAAGGAGAUCAUUCAAGCUGAGGUGAUACCAAUGGUGAAGAACUCUUUGAUUGGAUUACACUUACUGAGGUCCAUAAAAUGUUGUUGUCGAGUAAAUUACUAAAUU